AUGUACGGCACCCCGAAUGCUGUCAAUUUCCCAAGCAGCGAAAUCUAUCUGACGAACGACCCUGCCUUCUACCAAGAACCUGGUUUCAUACAGCAGCCGUUCAACGGUAUGGGCGAUAGUUUCAUCAGCAGUGUAGAUAGAAUACCAUUUCCAACGUACACUGAUGAUGCAAUAUUGGAAAGGGGCCAGGGAGGACUAUAUGAGAGUGAUCGAGCCCAUGAGUCUUCCGGAACAAAUGCCCACAUGUAUUCCAAUGCCCCUGGAAUAUACGACACAUUCCAAGAGCCUCGCGCGCAAGCGUCUUCAUUUUCAAACGAGUUGAUGCAAACCCGUGCCAAUGGUACGGCAGGUUACCAAUUGAGAGAAAUUGACAUCGACUCGGCGAACCCGACAAUCUUCGAUUCCCAGUCUUUUACAGUGCCUGAAAAUCUGUCGGCAUCAUCAAUCCGUCAAAUACGUCCGUAUUUCAUCCCGAAUUGUCCACUCGGUCAAUCGGCAACCUUAGACACGGAUUUCCAGACAGAUAACCAAACUCAACAGUCUAUCUAUACCACUUCACCUUACCCGGAAGGCGGCGAUUUCAAUGAUGCGGACCCCCUUUCAAGCGUGGUUAUGACCACUACUGGUUGGUAUAACGGUCAGGCACCUUUGAAUUUCGAGUCUCGGUCUCAAAGUCGCAACCUAGACGGGGACUUCACGCCAAAUCAGCCACCGUAUCCGAGGCCUGUAACAUCCAAUUGUGAAACCUCAUAUGAUAGAGAGAAAUCUCUGAACGCCCUGCACAACUUGCAAUCGGUCAGCGCGACUAAGAAGCUGCAGAAUGAGGAGUCAACUGGGUCUCGGGAUGACUCAUCUUCUUGGCACCAGGGUCCAAGAAAGCCAAGGCGGAGGCCCACCCAGCCUUCGGUGAGGCGUCAAUACCCGCCAGCAGAGAAGGAAGAAGUUGCUAUGAAACGCAUAGUAGGAGUCUGUGAGAAACACCGCAUCGCAAAGGCCAAAUGUGAUUGUCUCUCACUGGAGACGUUGCAGGAGCGCUUCCGAGAACUCCAAGGCAACGUAAGUUCAGAGCCCUAUUGA